UCUAUUGAUUGUGUCCCACUGAACUUGUGUUAUGGAGUUAGUUACUGCUUAUCAUUUGCAAGUAUUUGUCUCAGAUAAACUGCUACAUUUGCUAGACCAGGGGAUAAACCUGUUGUUAUCAAUUAUUUCUUGAAAAUUAGGAAAACAUUUAAACCUGAAUAAGGUCCUGCCUAUAUGUAAACAAGUCAUAUUUUCUAUUGAGAGGCAAUUAGUACUGUAUUAAAGUUUAUUUGAACUGGUAAGUUAAAGUUUUCACAGAAAUUGUGCAGAAGAAUUGAGAAUAGGACAUUUUACUUCCAUCGGAAUUGUAUAAAUAAUGCUAGAAUGAGAAGGUCUUCAUCACAUCAGUUACUGGACUCCCAGAGACAACACAGCAUCAGAACUGAAGACUUAUAGUUUUGCCGGAUCACUUGAAUUAAAGGUAUAAACAUGAAAGCUACUAUUGCCUUCCUCCUUCUGGCCGUUGUUGCCUCUAUACACACCAGUGAUGCCUGGAGGAUACGUCUCCCAAGACUUGGUCUACGUCGCAUCAUUGCACCAGUCUGCAGUAUGUACUGUAACACAAAAUGCACCCUCCCUGGGAUAUGUGCUCCUGUCUGCCACAAGGUCUGCAAUAUCGGGCGUAAACGUCGUUCAGUUGCCAUUAAUGAUGACGAGAAGCCAUUUUCUUCAGAUCUCUCCAAAUAUGAUUCAGACAAUGAUGACAAAGUAACCCUGUCGGAGUUCGCUGAAGCAAUCUCAUCCACACCUGAAAAGUGCACCGAAGCCUUCGGAAUGGCUGAUGAAAAUGGAGAUGGUGUAUUGGAUAUGGGUGAGUUCCUCCGUGGACCAUUCCGCUUCACAUCUGAAGAAGUGGAACAAGUACAGGACACACCAGAUAGGAUUGGAAAGUAUGCAGAUGAUGAUUAUUAAAUCCCCGAUGAAAUGGGACAAGUGAUCUCAAUUAAAAAUAAACUUUAAUGGACUUAUUUAUAAGUGAAAGGACCUUAACAGAAGGCUGUGAUAGGACGUUGAUCAUAUUAUUCUAUGUGUAAUUGUAUUCUUUUCCAAGUUCCAUUUGCAAUAUAUGCCAAUGUGCAAUGUUUAUAUAUGUUAUAUUUUGUAAACACUGAUCUCAAAUUGAAAGCACAACAUUUAGAGUUAUUUAGGAUCAGAAUAGUAAAAUGAUAUGGUUUACCCAUUAUAUAAUGUAUUGGUGUUUAUUUAAAUACAUUGCAUGUAUAUUUUUAUACACAUUUUUCUGUAAAUAAAUACUUUAACAUCAA